GCAUCGGAUAAAAAUAUGGCAGACACGUGCAAUUAACUUUUGUGUGGUGCAAUUCCAAGUUUGUUAGUGUUUUCCAAAUUCAGUUCAUAUUUUUGUGGAAAAAAAGGACUUUGAAUUCUCGACUCGCGACUUUUCAUCAUGACUAUGUCGGUGAAAAUUUUAAACAUUUCUCUCACCGCAAUCGGAAAAGGACAUGAAGUUGUUGAUCAUGAAGUAAGCGAUGCCCCAAAUGUUGAGAGUACCAUCAACACUGCUGUCAAAUCACUUAAGAAUGGUAACGUGAUUGCUAUUCCAACUGAUACAAUCUAUGGCGUAGCAGCCUUGGCUCAGUCCACUGAAGCAGUCUCUAAAUUAUACGAAAUCAAGAGGCGACAUGAAGAGAAGCCAGUUGCAAUAUGUGUUGGGAACUUGGAAGAUGUAUACAAAUGGGGAAAAGUGACUGUGAGUAAAGAAAUUCUUCAAGAUUUGCUUCCUGGUCCAGUGACGUUAGUAUUUGAAAGAACUGAUCAGUUAAACCCUGGGUUAAACCCAAUGACAAGACUUGUUGGAAUUAGAAUUCCUGAUCACGACUUUGUACGGCAAUUGAGUUUAGCAUGUGAGGAGCCUCUUGCUCUGACCAGUGCAAAUGUGAGCACUGUGGGACAAAGCAGUUUGAAAAUUGAGGAAUUUAAAGAAAUAUGGCCAAAACUGGAUUUAAUCCUUAAUGGUGGAGUGUUGGGAUUGACUGAACAGUGCCGCAAAGGUUCAACUGUUGUUAAUUUGUCAGUUUCUGGCAAGUUUUCUAUCAUCAGGGAAGGCAGUGCUUAUGAUCAAACAGUGAACAUACUCGGGGAAAAAUAUGGAUUGGAGGAUUGCACUAACUGAUAUCGUACUGCAGCAGUAUUCAUGGUUAUUUAUUUGAACAAAUAAGGACCAUUUAAUUUAUUCUCCACAAUCACUCGUGAUAUCUAAGUAACAAUUCUCUACUCUGUCGGCCCUAAUUUUUUUGGAAGUUCAGCUCAGAGAAUUUAUUUUUAUGCAAGCAAUAUCCCCAAAGUGUAUAUAUAUUUUUGCAUUACCUUUCAGGGGUUUCAAUAAAAUUUCAAGUAGGCAGCUGGGUAGUGAGAGUAACUGACUGUACCAACAAGGGGCCGUCAGGCCCCUUAAUCUAGGGGGGUCUGGGGGCAUGCCCCCCCCCCAGAAAAUUUUGACAUCUGGAAGCUCUGAAAUGCCAUUUCUGGAGUUCUGGAGACCAAAUUGAGUGCAAAAGAUAAAGGAAAAACCCUAUCAACAGCAAAAUUUUUUUUUAUUUUUACAAUGCUAAUAAGCUGAAAAUGGAAGUUUGUAUGCAUUUCUUGGAAGUUUAAGGUCAUUGUCACUAAAAACAAUCGAGCUAAACACUUACUACUGGUAAGAAAGCAUCCAGUUGCAUUUUUAAUCUUUCAUCCAUUUGUCUUUGUUUUUUUUUCCUGCGAACCCAUAAACAGUUCGCAGGUGAAAAACAUUCCAAGCUUCUCUGCCUACCCACCAGGACACCCGCCAGACAGGCGCCAGAAACUGUGGUAAGAUCAAUUAGCUGCAGCUUUUAACUCAGACUUCAAAUGCGAGUGGAAAAAAAUGUUAAAAUGCUUAAAUGAGCAUCUGAUUUGUUUUCGUUCUGUUCUUUUUGUAAUACCAUGACACAAGCAAACCUGGUUGUCAUUCAAGAAAAUGCAGCUUUCAUUCAAGGUUCGAUUUAUCAGGCCACAAUGAACUCCUUAACACGAUAAACAAAUGAAGGUAAGUAGAUUACAUACUUUGCACGCAGUUAAAUUUUUCGUAAACCUCUUGCGUCCUAACAUCACCCCAAAACGAGUCGAGUGCUGUGACCAACAAGUCACGUCCAAUCUUUUGAUAAUUAUUUAAUUUUGAAACUGGGGUAAAAAGUUCAUACAAGCCCAUCAAAAUGAAUUUUAAUUUAGUUUUCAAAGAAUCGUUCUUUAAUUAUUUAAAUUUAGGGAAAACGUAGCCGACUUCUGAGCGAAGUAGCCGACGCUUUUCGUCGGCUGUCGGUGCUUAUUGAAAGCACCGUCUUUUCUGCUUAAAAAGCUGUCAACACUGUUGGGAGAAAUUUGUUUUUGUCAUUCCUGAGAGAUUUUAUUUCAUUUCAGUUUUGUUGUUGCAGCUGUUCUUGUAUUUUGUACUGUAGCAACUCUUUAAAUGGAGGAAAUCUUAGGGUUAUAGUUCUCUUAAACCAAAGAAUAGCAAGGAUGAUGAAGAAUGGAAACAAUUAAACAAAGAAAGCAACCAAUAAACUAGAAAAAUUUUACAGAUAUUUUUUCAAAUUGGUGCUGUAAGACAAGAAUGUAUUGGCCAUUUGCACCUUUAAAUUUUUCAUAUGCCAAUAGCUCUUUAGGGAUAGUGCUAUUUCAGUAAGAAACUGACUGGGGGAAUUGCAUGGUCAGCAGUGAUAAGUUAAAAUGACAGGGUAACAUUUUUAAAUUGCCAGUCUUUUGUUGUGAGACUUUUUGCAUAUUCACAGCAAUUUGAUUUCACCAUAUUCAAAACCACAGGGUAUACAUGACAGCAUAAUUUUUCUUUAACAAUAGUAUAGGAGUAUUAAUUAAAAAAAAUUUUCCUUUGCCUUGUAACAGUACUUGUGUAAUUUGUUGCAUUUUGAGUAUUUAUUGUCUUAUAGGAAAUAAAUUAUGUUAGAGCUAUUUCAUGUAUGCUAAAUUAAUUAUCAUGACUCCAGGAGUACAUAACAAUUGGACCUAAAAUUAGAACCAUGUUUGGCUCAGAAUAUGCUAAUGUAAAUAAAAUAUAACAAUUUUAUUUGUGUACCAAUAAAAUACCAGUAACUAACAA